AUGGCCCACGCCAGAGCCCAAGACGAGCUUCAGAAGCGUUACGAAGGAUCCCAGUCUCUGGAAGAUCCCGAGGUGCAGCACAUGAUCAGCCAGGCAGACGAGAUGAUGGGAAAACCGGCACGCAUGCUGAUCGCACAAGCAGGGCUAGAUCAUUCCACCACUAUGAACUUCAGUCUUCUUGAUCAUGGGUGUGGCACAGGUCUGAUCGCAUCUUCUCUUCAGGAAGUGAUCCAGCCGUCGAUCCUAUCAAAGAGCAGGAUUUUAUGUGCCGAUAUAAAUGCGCGGUUCGUUGAUAUUCUCCUGCAGCGCGCGCGAAGAGACCAAUGGAUUAACGUCGACGCCACCGUCCUGGACGCCCAAAUAAGUUCAUCAAUGAGUGCAGGUGCUUAG